CAUUAAAACAGUGAGUGACAUCCAGGUACAGAUUAAUGUCUGUUACAUAAAUAUCGUUUAAUAUUUCAUAAUUUCGAAUGCUACUAUAAAUAUAUAAUGUUUAUAAACAAAGUAUUAUUACAAAACAGAAGUAAAUUCAAUUGAAAAUUACCGCUGACCUUGAAGGUAAAAAUUAAACGAGUAUCCAAAUUUGUUUCAUAACUGGUUUUGAAGUCAUUGGUAUAGGCAAAGAAGAUACGUGUGUUCUUAUUGAUCAAUUAUUAUGCUAGGAUUUUUCCAUACGAUGAUAUUGCUCUACCAAUUUUGAAGAAAGUCUGACAAUUCAAUUAGUCCAAUUUCUCAAAGAGAACAUCCAAAGUUCCGGUACUUGAUGAGAAAUCACAGGAAUAAACGCAUCUUGUCUACAAUUCCAAACAUCCAAAUAGGACGCGAUCCAAAACUAAAUUUCCAAGGCUGGUCCAAACGCUGGAUUAGAAGCUCCAAGCUGUUUAGUUUAUACAUUAUACCAGUCAAUUGAAUCGAAAAAAAUCGACAAUAAUUAUUUUUGCCUACUACGAAAAGGUAUUAAUAGAUCAUGGAAACCAGCAAACGUGCACCUACAGUAUCCAUGUCUGCAGUGGUACCUUCCUUAGAACCUUUGCCAGCUUCGAGCUGCGUUGUGCCAAUUGACAAGGAAAGAAAUGAUCUGAAAAUUGAAAGGAAUACUCUUUCCAGGUCUUCAUCUCUAAGUUCAGAAGAUGAAGAUAAACCUGACAUCCCUGAUGGAGGAUGGGGAUGGGUUGUUGUUUUUGCUUCGACUGUUCUCUCUAUGAUUGCUGACGGAGUUGCAUUUUCCUUUGGACUACUUUACGUAGAAUUUCUUGAAGAAUUUGGUGCUUCUAACAGUGCCACUUCCUGGAUCGGAAGUUUAUUCAUGGCAGUACCACUUCUAACAGGUCCAAUAAUGAGUGGCUUGGUUGAUAAGUUUGGAUGCAGAUGGAUGACAAUCGUUGGGGCCCUGAUAUCCGCUUUAGGAUUUAUAAUUAGUUCAAACUGUUAUUCUUUAGGAAUUAUGUACCUUACCUUCGGAGUUCUAUCAGGUUUAGGACUGGGGUUAAUUUACGUAACCGCAGUGGUAUCGAUAGCCUUUUGGUUUGAUAAAAAACGCACAUUAGCUGUAGGAUUGGGAGCCUCUGGAAUAGGAAUAGGAACAUUUGUGUUUUCACCAUUGACCACCUUCCUAAUCAACAAGUACGAAUGGAGAGGAACUACUUUAAUUCUAGGAGGUUGCUUUUUAAACAUGUGCAUCUGCGGUAUGCUCAUGAAAGAUCCAGAUUGGCUCAUUGAACAGAACAAAAAAUCUUCAAAGAAGUCACAUAAAUCCAGUAAAGCUAGUUUAGAGAUGACAACAUUUUCACAGAGCCCUGCUAUUAACGUUGAAAAACUGAAACAUAUAUUAACAAGUGGAAAAGAUGUUGAAUUUCUGUUACAUACGGUGGAAACAACUGUAGAAAAUAACGAAGAAAAAGAUAAAUUACAGAAAUAUUUCACAUCCACUCUGAAUUUACCAACGUUUAUCAAUGAAAACGAAAAGAUUCCGCCAGAAGUUUUGAAACUUUUAACUGAAAACGAUGUUAUUCAACAGUAUUAUCCUAGUUUAUUUUUAAACAAGCCUAGCUCAGUUCGUCGGUUAAAUAGUGUUGAAAAUGGCUCCAAAUAUGUUAAUCCUAAUUCUUUCAAAGAAGCCAAAUCUCAAUGGUCCGAUUCAAAACAAGUAUCGUUGCCUGAACAAGAUGAGGCAUUGCCCCAUGAUCCUUUAUUACAUGGGAAACAUUCUAAAGCACCAAGACACUCCUUGAGUAAGAAAGGUGCAGUUCUUGGUACUAAUCGUUGGGCAUCUUCUAGUUGUCCAAACAUACACAAAAGUUCUAUGAAAGCAUAUUCUGUUGAAAAAGACGAAGAGAAAUGGUACGACGAAUUAGUUGAGUUAGUAAAGGGCAUGUUCGACUAUUCUUUGUUCUUAGAAUUACACUUUUUCUUGUUAUCUUUAUCGACUAUAAUCCUUUUUGUUUGGUUUAUAGUGCCGUAUUUUUAUGUGGCAGAGCUUAUGCUUAAGCAUCAAUACACCAACGAGGAUGCUUCAUUUACAAUAUCGAAUAUUGGAAUUGCUAGCACUAUUGGAAUGAUAUUUUUCGGUUGGGCUGGUGACAGACCAUGGAUGAAUAUAACCAAGACAUACGCCAUCAGUCUUGUACUAUGCGGAAUAUCGAUAGGAGGAAUCAUGAUGUUUGUUGAAAACUUUAUUGUAAUGCAGAUAUGUGCUUCAAUGUUUGGUUUCUUUUUGUCCAGCCAUUAUUCCUUUACACCGGGAAUUUUGGUAGAAAUGGUACCACUGGAAAGCUUCACCGUUGCAUAUGGUUUGCAACUGUUAUGCAUGGGUAUCGGUAUGCUACUGGGACCACCAUACGCAGGACUUUUAUAUGACAUAACAGGAAACUGGAAACAGUCAUUCUACCAAGCUGCAGUUUGGACUAUACUUUCUGGUAUAUUUAUUGGACUGAUUCCUUACACUAAGAAUAAGAAAAUGAUUGGAAAAGGACCAGUUGAAAAAGAAAUUGAAGAUUCUGAGAAUAGGGCUCUUCCUAUAAUACUUCAAGUUCUUAUUAUGUUGGCCUUAUGCAUUCUUUUAGCAUAUAUGACUGGAGUUGCUCUAUUAUAAAUAUAUACAUUAUAUAUAUAUAUAUAAAGAUUUUUUGUACACUUCUGAUAAAUUAAACUACAUUUGCACAAAAAUAAAUUUAUUUCCAUAUAGACAAAACUAAGGAAAUGUUAAUAAUAAAAAAAUAUUUUGAUGAAAAGAAACAUGUAAAAAAUACAAUAGAAUACAGAGUUAUACAAGCCUAGAUAAUAUAGAGUUAUACAAGCCUGGUCAAACUAAAUUUGUAGUCUGGAUAAGUUAUCCUAAUAAAAAUUAAUUAUGUUAAAAAGAGACAAAAAUUAGGUUGGUAUUAUUUAUUCUUAUAGCAUAUUUAACUAGAGUUGCUCUGUUAUUAAUAAAAUGCUAGUAGUAAAUAUAAUGUGUUUCUGUUAGUUGAUUCAGUAACAUAUAGAAUGAAAUAAUCUUAAACAUUUAUAAAUUAUAUGAAUUUUCAAUAUAGAAACCAAACAGGAAUAUUUUUAAUUAAUAAAACUGCUUAGUUAACUUAAAUAAUCCUUGUUUAUUUUGUAUAUUCUCAGAAGAAUCGUCUACUGAAGUAUGAACAAUACUAGACUACAUAUUAAUCUGUCAAUACUUAUAAUAAUCUGAUAUAAGCACUUUAAAUCAUUGCUUUGAUGCUAAACGUCUUUCAGGAGAAAAAAAUGUUUUUAAAAUUUUGAAAAUUAUUAGAUUAGUUAAAUAGCAUCUAAGAAAAGGCUUAGGUACUUCAGUUAAAUACUUAAAACACCCAAAAAAAUCUAUUGAUAUACCGUCGACCUAGAUAUAGGAAAUCCCACGUAAAUUUUAAACAUGACGAAUAAACGUUUUCUAUUUUAUUUUUAGAUAAGCUUGUGCGAAACUCCCUAGUGAACUCAUUAAAAUUAAGUAAAUUAGUUAUUACAAAGCAUUUUUUUAGUUACAAAAAACAAAUAUUACCAAAUUUUAAACAUCAUGAAAAAUAUUAUAUUAGAUAUGGUUUUCUUCUUCUAUGCAGGUCCACUGAGAUUAAAGGCGCGUUUACAGGUUCAAGUGUAUUGAUCAAGUCACUUGAAUUCAAUUCGCAUGAAUGCAUUAUGACCGUCUAAACUUGACAAAUCAUGUUAAUUGAAGAAAAUUCUGGGAAAUUUAUUAAUAUUUAUGAAAAAUAUGAAUGCAUAUGGAAUAUAACAGCCUGAAAUACUAAAUUAGUUAAAGAAGAGUAAAUUCUAGAUUAAGCUGUUUCUAGCUUAAACCAGCCUAAGCUUUCUAGCCAGUUUUUUUUAGCUUUUUAGCUAACAAAUAACGUUACGCAUUAAUGUGUCUUGUUUUUUAAGUUCCAUUUGCUUUUCCAACUUUUUCCAACAAAAAAUGACAGUACUGUCGACAGUAUCUGAGACGGCUCCGUCAGGCUCGUCAGGGACUAGUGCACCAUCUCCGAUAUCAAUCGUACGGAUCAGACGUUGAGGCGCACUCAGUGAUGAGGUGUUCCGAUGUUUCCCCAUUUUCCCUACAGAAUCUGCAGUCGCCGUUAUUUCUUAGCUUCGUUCCUUUUAAAGACUAGUGUUACAUAAGACAAGAAUUCUUGUUUUUAAAA